AUGAAGGAGAGGGAGGCCCCUGAUGCCCACUUCACAGUGGACAAGCAGAACAUCUCUCUCUGGCCUCAAGAACCUGCUCCCAAGCCAGAUCUGUUUCCAGUCCUGAGGAAACCUCUCGGCCUCCGUGUGGCCUUCAUCUGCCUGUCAUUGGUGCUGGUCACCUCUAUUGUGCUUCAAGCUGUUUUCUAUCCCAGGUUGAUGGACAAAAUAUUGGAUGUGAAGAGUGAUGCUCAGAUGUUGGGAGGUCGUGUGGACAAUAUCAGCACCCUGGGUUCUGUUCUUGAGAAGGACAGAGGCCGUGUGGAGGAGGCUGAAGUUCAGAUGAGGAUUCUGAACACCAGCCUCUCCCGGGUGCGUUCUCAGAUCCUGUCUUUGCGGAUCAGCAUGGAGCAAGCCAGUGCUCAGAUCAGUGUGUUAACACGAAACUGGGAAGAGGUUGAUAGCCUUAGUUCCAAAAUCCCCGAGCUGCAAAGAGAUCUGGAUAAAUCCAGCACCUUGAAUGCAAAGGUUCGAGGAUUGCAGAACAGCUUGGAGAAUGUCAACAAGUUACUCCAAAGACAGAGUGACAUUCUGGAGAUGAUGUCCCAAGGCUGGAAGUACUUCGGGGGGAACUUCUAUCACUUUUCUCAUACCCCAAAGACCUGGUACAGCGCGGAGCAGACCUGCAUUUCUAGGGAUGCUCAUCUGACCUCAGUGACCUCAGAAUCAGAGCAAGAGUUUCUCUACAAGUCAGCAGAUGGGUUUCCAUUCUGGAUUGGUCUCACCAAGGCAGGGACUGAAGGGGACUGGUACUGGGUGGAUGGGACAUCAUUCAACAAGAAGCAAAGUGAGAGGUUCUGGAUUCCAGGUGAACCCAACAAUAUUGGGAACAAUGAGCACUGUGGCAAUGUCAGGGUGUCCUCCCUCCAGUCCUGGAAUGAUUUGUCCUGUGACAAUAAGUUUCCUUUCAUCUGUAAGCGGCCCUACAUCCAGACAGUCCCAUGACCCGCCUGGCCCUGAGCUCAGCAUCUGUGUUGCAACAGUGGUCCAGCUUGAAGACAUGCCUCUCUCCCUGACACUCAGAUUGCUCUGCAUCUUAACUUUUUCUUGCUGAAAAAUUCUUUGAAACACACUGGAGUCCAUCUGUCUUAGCUUGGAAUGAUCUGUUCCUGGAGGUCCUCGAAGGGGGUUGAGUAAACGGGCAAGGACAAGGAGAAAAUGCAGAAUUUGCCACUGCCCAUGUGAAGCAGGUCCAUACCUGGCAUCUGCAGAUCAUUUUGUUUGGGUUUCCCUCAUCCUUCUAAGAAGCCUUGGAUGACCACAUAAAAGCUACAUUCAAACAAGAUCAGUUUUGACAAGACAGACAUGCUUAGCUCAAUUUAAAUACAUGUAUUAGAACACCACAUGGUACUCUUAAAAUGUGGAACUAUUCCAUGUUUUAAUGUAUCCAUUGCAAAUAAUUUAAAGACUAACUUUUUUUUACAUGUGUGUGUGGGGUUUCUCACAGAGUUCAGAAGAGAGUGUCCAAUCCCCUGUAGCUGGAGUGACAGAUGUUUACGAACAACCUGAUACAGGUGCUGACAUCCAAACUGCCCUUCUGAAAGAGUAGUAAGUGCUCUUAACUGAUGAGCCAUCUCUUCCGUCUUGUAAGUUUAACUUAUAAAAUGAAAGAUGGAAAUAUAGAAAAACACAUCAGAAGGCUGUCGGUGUGACCUGGCAGGUAAAGUGCUCAUCUGGCACUAGUGACCCCAGUCUGACCUGCGGGACCACACAAACAGGCUUGCAGUGCAUACCUGUGACCCCUGCAGAGAGGAGGUGGGGGAGGAGGAUCGGAAGGCCAUCCUCAGCUCACAGUGAGUAUGAGGCCAGCCCGGUACACGAGACCCUGUUUGGGAGAGGGGGCAGUUUGCUUCGGGAUAACUGAGUAAUUCUUCCCAUGUUGCUACGAAGCUUCUCUGCUCGAGACCACAAUUCCCACGUCUGCUUAGGAGCACUGGCCGUUUUCCAUGGGGAUAGCUGUUCUUGGUCACGCUGUCCACACCAUGGUCCAUCGCCUCUUUACCCACUUUCUCUGAAGUCGGAAUCCCAGUGUCUCCUAAGUGAGCUAACUCAGUGCGCGCGGGGCUGGCCGGUCCUCGUCUCCUUUUCAGCUCCCCUACUCAUGCCACCAGGUCGCCACAUGUCAGGUCCCCUUCCGCCACAGCAGUUUGGGUCUCCUACCUCUCCUCUACCAGGUGUUCCCUUCCUUGCUAUGCCCAGUGCAGACAGUGUCCUCUUUACUUUAAACACCCCUAGGCUCCAUGGAAUGCAUGUUUUCAUUCCCGGGGCCACUGUGUACCUGAAAAACAUGUAAUCUUGAGGUACAUUCAAUAGAGGGUAAAAAAGAAAGAACGAGGGUGUCUGGCCCUGGAAAUGCCAAGAGCAAUGGGUAUGGCUUUUCUUUGUUUUUUUUUUUUAUGUGAAUUAAGUAUGGUAAAGUUUGAAAAAAGUCUUUUCUUGAAGCUUCUGGGUAGUCAUCUUUCUGUUCUCUAGCUCUGUUCCCAGGGGAACCUUGUCAAGGUCCUCAUUCUUCACAGAAGCUGAGUUUCCAGAUUAAAAAAACUGGAAUCCUGAGAUGAAGGCCUGAAAACAGGGGCCACCAGCAGGGGGCAGCAGAGAGAAUGCAGGAGGUGUGAGCUGGCCUCCAGUGAGAGACAUUUCCUUAGAGUGAAGUCAUCAGAGGGUACAGGCUUUUUUUUUUUCUCGACAUAGUCUAUGUGGUUCUGGUUGGCUUGGAACUCACAGAGAUCAACCUGUCUUUGCUCCUGCCUCUUGAGUGCUGGAAGUAAAUGUGUAUGGUAUUACACUGGCUAUAGGUUUGUGUUUAGGGUCAGGACACCUUUGAACCUCUCAGGACCCUAAAGACCUCAGCCUGAGACCCCUUGUCUUACCAGUAUUCCCCACCUGCUGAAAGGCUCCCCAUCUGGCUAGCACCCCACCAUGGGACCAGCUGCCUUCCAUUCAGUUUUCAAUGUGACGGCUAAAGAAACUCAAUUUUGUGCUAGUCUUCCAUCUUGGUACCUAACGGCCAUUUUGUCCCUGACUCAAACUUCUGGAAGUUGUUCCCCGCAACUUUGAAUCCUUGACUUCCACCCAAAAAUGUACAGCCACAAUGUGACCAUCUGGUUGUUAUGCUAUGACUAACUGCUAAAAUUUGGCUUCUGUAACCUGCUUAGGCAGAUAGUCAAGAACUGUUUUAAGUUCACUUUGACCAUGUAAUCUUGUCCAAGCAGACAGGCUCUUGUGGUUUUUGCCUUUAAAAGCCCUUCCUUCAGAUAACUUUGGGUGGCUCAUCUCUGAUUUGGGUUAGAGACUGCAAGCAUGCUAGCAGUUUUAAUAAA